CUGCAACAAACAGCGCCACCCGGUGGUCUGGUUCCGUCCACGGGCAUCUGGGGGAUUUCCUGGGCGGAAGCUGCGGAGGGGGUUUCCAGUGUGAUCAGCCCAGUCCUCCCGCUGGAUCUCUGAACAGGAUCCCAGUGACUUCUCUCUCACACACAGGCUCAGGACACACAGAACCCAAAGAACCCUGAACCAGAAUCCCGAACCUAAACCCGGACCAUGAGGAGUUCUCCUGAGGCCUGGAGGCUCCGAGACAGCGGCAGCGGCGGGUUGACGGUUUGAAUCCAGAGAAUCCACCGAGCCGAGGAACUGCUGAGCUGAGCUGUGGCCUUCGGAGGAGAUUCAUGUCAUGUCAGCGGGGAGGAGUGCUGAAGGGAGGGAGGUGCAGAUUCCCCUCCAGCAGGUGGCGCCCUCCUUGGCUGCUUCCCUCUCUGUGGCCCCUUCCAUCACCCCCCCCUCUCACCGCCCAGCCAACCCCUGGUCUCCCAGCGAACCCGCCGCUUCACAAGGUGUCCCUGCAGGUUUCCUGCCUCUUCAUGGAGGAUUCAGAGAUCACUUUGUAGAAACUCCAGAAGCCAAAUACUGCUGCGAAGUUUGCAGGUUGGUCCUGUGUCAGCCCCGCCAGACUGAGUGUGGGCACCGCUUCUGUCAGAGCUGCAUCAACAACAUCCUCAGUCAGCCAAACCCGGUGUGUCCAGCUGACAUGGAGCCGCUGUUCAAAGACAAGAUCUUCAGAGAUGUCUGCUGCCAUCGAGAGAUCAUGGCUCUGAAGGUUUACUGUCGCAGUGAAGCCAACGGCUGUCAGGAGCAGAUGAGUCUACACCAGAUACCUGACCACCUGAAUGUUUGUCCGUUCUUUGAGGUCCCCUGUCCGUUGGGUAAAUGUAAGGAGCGAAUGAUGAGGAAAGAGAUUCCCGACCACCUGAGCUGGAAAUGUAAACACAGAGAGACCACCUGCAAGUUCUGCAUGACCAAGAUGCCUCUGACCGACCUGCAGAAACACAAAGAGACGGUGUGUCCAGCGUUCCCAGUGUCCUGUCCAAACCACUGCUCCUUCUCCUCCCUGCCCCGAAGUGAGCUGUCCAGUCACCAGCACGACUGUCCCAAAGCUCAGGUGAGCUGUCAGUUCCACCGCUAUGGCUGCACCUUCAAGGGUUUGAAUCAGGAAAUAAGGCAACAUGAGUCCACGUUUGCAGCUGAUCACCUGAGAAUGAUGGCCAACAGAAACUCCUCCUUAGAGAACAAGGUGGAGGAUGUUAAAGGUGAAUUGUUGGAGAGGUAUAAGGUGCUUCCUGCUCUCAGCAGUCGUCUGUCUGAACUAGAGAACCAGAAUGACGAGCUGAGAGACAAGAACCGUCAGAUGGAACAGAAACUGGCCACCAUGCAGAAACUAAUGAGCUCUCACUCAGAGAAGCUUCUGGAGGUCGAGCUGGAGCUUCGUUCUCUCCGUCUGCUCAGAGACGAGGUGGAGAACCUGAGAGGAACGCUGGAGAACGUACGGACAAGGCUUAAUGCUCUGGAACAAGGGGGACGCAGCGGAACCGGAUCCACAACACACACUCUGGCACCCCUGGAGACUCAGCUGAAUCGACACGACGAUAUGCUAAGUGUCCAUGAGAUCCGACUGGCCGACAUGGACCUGCGCUUCCAGGUGCUGGAGACAGCGAGCUACAACGGGACUCUGAUCUGGAAGAUCCGCGACUACAAGAGACGGAAACAGGAAGCGGUGGCGGCAAAGACACUGUCACUAUAUUCACAGCCGUUCUACACCGGAUACUUUGGAUACAAGAUGUGCGCCCGAGUUUACCUGAACGGAGACGGCAUGGGCAAGGGAACGCACCUGUCGCUGUUCUUUGUGGUGAUGAGGGGCGAGUAUGACGCCCUGCUGCCCUGGCCCUUCAAACAGAAGGUGACUCUGAUGCUGAUGGACCAGGGGCCGUCCAGGAAACACCUGGGUGAUGCUUUUAAACCUGAUCCCAACAGCAGCAGCUUCAGACGUCCUGCAGCAGAGAUGAACAUUGCCUCUGGCUGUCCUCUGUUUGUGUCUCAGAGCGUCCUGGAGACUGGUAGCUACAUCAAAGACGACACCAUCUUUAUCAAGGUUACCGUGGAUACUUCUGACCUCCCUGACCCUUGAUGUUGUGAACCCUCUGACCUGUGACCUCGCUGGUCUGAGAUCAGCUCACCUGUCCACGCCCAGCAGGGCCAAGGAUGAUGGGAAGGAUCAGUGAUGGUCCAGCUGAGAGCGAUGCCGACAGAACAGAAGAAGAGUCAGACAGGAAGCAGCCAAUCAGAGUGAACUCUACACAGACUGGAGGGUGGGUCCUCUUCUGAUUGGCUGAUGGACUGCAGAAGUGUGUGUGUGCGUGCGUGUGUGUGUGUGUGCGCGCGUGCGCACGUGUGAAUGGAUCAGUGUUGCCAUGACAUCACCGUGGUGACAUCACUCAGAGCCAACAUGGCCACCGCAGCCAGGACGUUGUUGCUGCUCAUUAUUGAUGCCGUGCAUCGAGCUUUACUUCCUGUUUAUUACUUGUUUACUAAGGCAUGCUGGGAAAUGCACCACAGCCACAGAGGAGCACAGCAAACCAGAACAGACCAGAACCAAGCAGUAGGACCCAGUACAAACUAUUACAAACCAGUAAAAUCUAUUACUAUUUCCAGUAAAGAUCUGGAGAGUCACACACAGGGUCCAGUGCAAAUCAGUAAAGACCUGGGCCAGUUAAAAUGAAUAAAAAAACAGCAAGAACUUUUAAAAACCAGUAGAAACCACUAAAGACGAGUAGGAUCCAGUGAAAAGUCUUAAUCAGGAAAAGAGUCACUUUGAAGGGAGGGAAAUUAUUGGUUAUGGACUAUAGAUGUUUUCAGCAGUGGGUGUUUAUGUGGCAGCUGUUGAUAAAUCUUCAGUGUGUGUGCGUGAAGUUGUCCCUCCUGUUGUGAGUAAAAACUGUAGAAACAAACAGUAGAAACAUUACGGAUCCGCUGUCUGUUCAGACGAGUCGAACAUAUUUUCUUCAUUAUUUGUAAACAGGUCAGAACGAAACAGGUUAGUUCAGUCAACAGCUCACCUGGUGUCAGCAGGUAGAAAUAUUUAGUGGUGAAAGAGCUAGUCACUAACCUCAGAGUAAACAAACACAAAUUUCAACAUAAAUAUUAAAAUAUCUAUAAAAAAUAAGUGUGAAGCAGGAUAAACACUAGAGCUGCAGCUUCAGAGUGGAUUACAGCUGAAUUUUACUUUUAAAAAAAGUUUAUUUUUCCUCCACUUAGUGUUAAGGGGAUCUGAAACUGACCUGGUGAAAACCUGAAUGAGCAGAAAGUCAGGAAAUGAGUUAGGAAAUCAUUCAGGUCUGGAUUCCAGAGCAGUAGAAACCAGUAGAGUCCAGUCAGCUGCUGGAGUUCCUCUGUGGCCGCUGAGUUUCUCAGCGUUGACAGAAUUCAUCUGACUCAUUGAUUCAUUUGCACAGUUUGAAUGUUUGUUAACGUGUGACAAUAAAAAUAGAAAAGACAGAAAACACAAAGAAUCUGCUUUUAUUUUGCUAAAAGAGAAAAUUAUGAUUUUCCCUUUAAUUUAAACAUUUAUUUAAAAAAGAAUCCAUUAAUUUUCAAUCUGAGGUGUUAUUAAGGUAUAUAGACAUUUCUUAAAUAGAAAAAUUAAACUCCUAAAAACACAUUAAUUUGUUACAUCUUAACAUAUACUAAAUAACCUUAAAGCUGUCACCGAGUUUUCACUUUCACUGAAAAAUUAAAACCCUUUUAAAGAAUAAAGUUAUUGAUGGCUUUUGUUAUUUGGUGAAUUAUAAAGUUUUUUACAAACCAAACACCAGAGAUUCCUUAAAUACUCUGUUAAUUUGAUGAGACU